AUGUCCACCCCAGACGAAACCCCAACCGAUCCCUCCCCCUUCGCAAACAGCCACGUAACCAUCCACUUCUCCGCCCCAGAUUUCACAGUCCCCUCCCCAACCGACGUCAAUGAAAAGGUAACCCCCGAAACCACGAUCUUCAACUGGGGCGGCGUGAAAAUCGCACGAAUAGCACCCACCAUCGCCGUGAAAUUCGGCUCGCAUGUCACCCCCAGCGAAGCAAAAAAUCGCGAUAUCGGCGACUACGGGAGUCUGUUCGAUACGUAUAUCUUCAUGGACUUUGUAGAGGGUCAGACUCUUGAUAAGGUCUGGGAUGGGUAUGAUGAGGGCGCAAAGGCUCGUAUCGCCAACCAGCUCAAAGCGUAUUUCCACGAGCUUCGCCGGAUACAUGCGCCUGGGUAUAUAGGUUCCGUUGAUUCUGGACCUGUGAUGGAUCCGAUGUUGGAGUAUUAUCAUACGCGAGGUGCUAAAACAGGGGAAGGACCAUUCCCCUCCCUAGAAACCUUCAACAACACACUAAUCGACGCCUACCAACUCAAAGUCCCAAAGCGCCACAUCAAAAGCUUCCUAUCCGGCAUGCUCUCCGAAACCAACCACCAGAUCGUAUUCACGCAUGGAGACCUCCGACACGCAAACAUCAUGGUCCACGAGGGGUCCGUCACCGGGAUCCUGGAUUGGGAGUUCAGCGGCUGGUAUCCCGAGUACUGGGAAUUCGCGAAAGCGUUGUACGUGUGGAGGUGGCAAAAUGAUUGGACGGAUUAUCUGUUGCGGGUUUUGAGGCCGUAUUAUGGGGGGGUAUGCGGUUCAUUCGUUCUUGGCUGA